AUGGAUCAAAUGAAAACCUCUGCACAUGGAGCUGUGGCUGAGACCCCCAUGCCGGUCCUCUCCAAAAAAUCCUUCAAAAAGCUUCCUCAGUGGGACUUUGAGGAUGUCUAUAACCAGGAUGCCCCACCCCGACAGACAACCUGUGCCCAGUCUGUGCGAAACUCUGAGGAUGAGAGCUUCAAGAAGGCUUUCCUCCCCAACAUGCGUUUGUUUCUGCACAAAGACAAUAUCAACAUGAGCGAGUGGAACCGACUUUCACAUUUUAACAAUCCCUUUGGUUUUAUGGAGUUCAAGUACGACGACGUGAUGGCUUCAGUGCAGUUGAUCCCAAAGCCAAAAGAGCCUCUCCUCUCUCCAAAGGCUGGCAGUGGUGGCUGUAUACGCUGUGCUGUGGUGGGCACUGCGGGGAUCCUUAAUGGCUCUAAAAUGGGGAAAGAGAUAGAUUCACACGAUUACGUUUUUCGGAUGAAUGGCGCAAUCAUCAAGGGUUACGAGGAGGAUGUAGGGAACAAAACAUCAGUGUACGUCCACACAGCUCACUCCAUCACUUCAUCGAUGUAUUUGCUCAAGAAGUAUGGAUACAGCUCUGUCCCUAACGAUGAGGGUAUAAAGUAUGUGCUGAUCCCUGAGGGGAUGAGGGAUUUCAAUUGGCUCCAGGGUCUUCUGAAAGGAGAGAGGAUUGCUGCAGGCCCCUACCAGAACAAGCGGCCGAGGACGUACUAUGCUGGGCAGUACAAUGAGAGCCGUUUCUAUGUUCUGCACCAGGACUUUCUCAGAUAUGUGCGAAACAGGUUUUUAAAGUCUCCUCAUCUGAAUGCUUCGUUCUGGGCGAUAGUCAGACCAACCAAUGGGGCAUUCACUUCCUUCCUGGCUCUACACACCUGUGACACAGUAAGUUUGUAUGGAUUCAUGACUGAGGACUACAAGAAAUAUUCCAACUACUAUGUGGAAAAACAUGUUAAAACCCAUGUUGUCUUCUACGCAAACCAUGACUACAUCCUGGAGAUGAAGACAUGGAAAAAACUACAUGACAGUAAGAUAAUAAGACUAUAUCAAAGAGCGGACUCAGACACAGGGACAGAAAAGCAGAAGUAA